AUGUUCACGCCCUCGAAUCAUGCAGCCCAAAGCAACGCCGAUCCAAACAGCAUCCCUGUCCCGAAUAACCAUCAACCUUGCCCAAAACCCUCCUCACAGCCAAAAGAAACCAUCCACGUCGUCGCCGUUCCCGCCGUAUCGAUACAGAACGGAAAGCUCGUCGUCGGUGAUGCGAAUUCAAGCUCCAGCCGCUCAUUCACUCCAAUCAAGACCCUGGGCGACGGUUCCUUUGGUACCGUCCUGCUAUGUGAUUGGCACGGUGCCCUGCCUCCCAACACUCCCCUCUCUCCAAUGCAAUGUGGUGGCGGCGCUCGACCUGAGUGGGUCGGAAAACGUCUCGUUGCAGUUAAGAAGAUGAAAAAGAAAUGGGAAGGCGGGUGGGACGAGUGCAAAAAGCUAAAGGAACUUGAGUCACUUCGCGCAAUUCCUUUUCACCCUUGCAUCAUACCGUUGUACGACUUUUUUCUCCUACCAGAUACCAAGGAGCUAUAUUUCGUUUUCGAGAGCAUGGAAGGAAAUCUUUAUCACCUUAUCAAAGCUCGCAAAGGCAGGCCACUUGCAGGUGGUCUUGUCGCCUCCAUAUUCCGUCAGAUCGUGUCUGGCCUGCACCACAUCCAUUCCUCGGGCUAUUUUCAUCGUGACAUGAAACCGGAAAACGUCCUGGUCACCACAACCGGUCACUUUGAAUAUCGCUCCUUGUCUCCCGUCUCACCACCUGGUGUGGCCGAAAAGGAUGUCGUAGCCAUCAUCAAGCUGGCUGACUUCGGUCUCGCAAGAGAAACACUCAGCGCCCCACCUUAUACGACUUAUGUCUCUACGAGGUGGUAUCGCGCGCCCGAGGUCCUAAUGUCCAGCAGAGACUAUUCCAAUCCUGUUGAUAUGUGGGCUUUGGGGACCAUCAUGGCUGAACUCGUCAACCUCCGACCUCUGUUUCCUGGUUCUGACCAUGUCGAUCAAAUACAUCGCAUGUGCGAGAUACUUGGUGAUCCUGUUGAUUACGGUACUGAUUCUCGAGGCAAACCUCUCGGAGGUGGAAAGUGGAAUAAAGGUCUCAAGAUGGCCAAGCAGUUCAACUUUGCUUUCCCCAAGAGUCAACCAAAAGAUUUUUACUCGUAUUUUGAACGGAGCGUCCCUAGGAAGCUCAUCGAGUGCAUAUCUGAUUUGCUCAAAUACGACCCGGACCUCCGCCUCACGAGCCGGCAGUGUUUAGAACACCCAUAUCUUAUAGAAGCGUUGCCGCAAAAUGUGCCCCCGAUGCCUCCAGCAUUGUAUGUACAGACGGCGGCCUCCACACCUGCAAGGCCUCACAUCAACGGCGCGCCCUUUCUCACGCCUUCUGCUUCUCCUCGUAGUAUCCCUCCCUCACAUUCUCACAAUCCACCACAUCUACACCCACUUCAUAUACCAGACGCUUCUUCUUCUCACCGCACUGCGUUCGUUCCCUCCAUUGCCACCUCGGGUACCCAUACCCCGGGAUCGCGAAGAGUCGACGAUUCACAUGGACCCCCACCUCCGUCCUACUCGCAAGAGGAGGCUCGAAUACAAGGCGCUGCCCUGCCGUGGCCGACCAACCAUCCACGAAAUGGCUCGCACUGGAUGGGCACUCCGCCCUCACAAGCCUACCCGUCUCUAGAGGACCAGAGAAUGGUCUUCCAAUCUUCAACAGUUGCCGAAAUGCGUACUGAAUCCGAGCCGAUGCAUGUUCAGGAAACAGUCCAGACGCCAAGCAGCAAACUCAGCAGGCUCGGCUCUCUUGGUUUUGGCAAGAAGCAUUCGAAGUGGGGCCUCGGCAUGUUCGGGCAUGGGGACAAAGUUCACCAGCAUUCACUGCCGCCCGUAGACGAGGACCCGGGGUCAAGCUCCAUGCCAUCGCUUAAACGAUCGCAAUCCAUAGGUUCGGAUACGCCGUUGGCCGGCGAGGGUACUGCUACGAAUGUGCGCAAAGAUACCAAAGCAAACAGGAAGGAAGCAGAAAGAUUACAACGGGAAGCUGAGAAACAACGCCGUGCUAUGGUGGAGCGGGCACACAGAGAGCAAGCACGUGCGGUUAUGCAAAAGCGUAAGAUGCUCGUGCAAACGACCGCGAAGCAUGAGGUGGAGUGGAAGUGGGCACACUCGGGCAGUUUGCUCAGUGUCAAUUCUCGUGCCAUAUACGCUGCUGACCUCGAGAAGAGCAAGGCUGCGGCUUCUGGUCCAAUACGGCAGAACCAAAAUGGCUCUGCCAAGGUCAGUUCACCCACUUUGAACGCGGCUUCGGGUCGGUUUUUGAAGCCUCCAGACGGCACUCUUGCACCUGGUGACCGGUGGCUGCCUAGAGAUGAGCGGUUAAGCAAGGUUCGGCGGCGAGACUUCGACGACGAUCAUUCCAUGUCGUCGUCGGACAUCCACAGUACCGGACGGAUGUCUGCCAUAUCAUUUGCUACAGUCGAUAGUGAUCCAGGGCCCGCUCGAAUUCGGCGACCCCCAGCGGGCGGCGUAAACCGAAUGACAUCCACUUCUUCGCUCCGAACUGGAACGACGUCAUUCGACGACUUCCCAACCUCGGCGCGCUCGUCCAAUUCGAUUUCCCUGGAUCAUCAGUUAAACGAGUUUCAUAUUCGUGCCUCCGUCGAUACGACCUCUUCCGUCUCAGGGACAUCCUCGCCCCCACCCAUCAAUCUCUUGUCCUUGUCCCCGUCGCCCAAUUCAUGGAUGCACUCGCAUAAUUCACACGAUUCCACUAGUCCACAGCACACUUCUUACAUAGGUGCCCCGAUGAUUCAGUAUCCCUCGUCUUCCCAUACGACAUACGAAUGUAAUGGCAAGAUGUUUGGUCAUCCUCCAAGUCCUGGAAUAGAUCCGCAUGUAGCAGUCAACCCUAUAUUCAAAGUGGCGCCGCUACCAUCGUCACUACUUGACCAUCCGUCGCCACAUUCGCUCCCGCCAUUUUCGCAGCUCGAAGCAGUCGCAGAAGGGGAGUAUCCCCCAUUAUCUCCUAUGUCCUUUACCUCGCCCGACGAUAACUAA